ACGAGCAUAGUCGAAAUUUGUAUUCUAACUGGAGGUGAUAAAGUAUAAAAUUGAAAAACAUGUGUAAUGUUUGUGUUUAUCAAAACAUACCGGCCACCCAGCGACCCCCUGCCGCAGAAUGAGUCACUAGAUUGUGUUUUGUAUUUGGGAUUUCACCAUUUUUUGUAAUCUAGCUCGCACAUAGUCGGCGGCUAGUCAGGCAGUACAGCUUUGUCUGUCCUAUUGAUAAGUUGAGUGUAAUAAUAUUUACAGAGGAGCAUAAUCAAACACCGCUGACCAUCAUGUCGCCGCUAACGAUAGAAGGGGACACACUCGGCGAGAAGCGCCGACACUUCAACAAACUCGUCGCAGACGCAGUCGCUAGCGAACAUUAUGAACUAACGCCGAUUGGUGACACAGACAGCGACAUAGACAACCUUCUGAAAAUAGAAAUCGCGUGUAAAGCCAGAAAUGUAGACUACGUCAUCGAAGUAAUGAAAUCCAAAGACAUGCUGUAUGCGGCGACAGCUAUUAAAAAGUCCACGUGGCUAAUCACCGACCCGCAGUACGCACACAUCAUCAACCCUGAGUACCUACACACACAACUAAAACCUUACAUGACCACCAAAGCAUUUAAAAAACUCAUACUUCACGUCAGACUCAAUCUGAAAGAUGAAAGUAGAGUCGAAGCCUUUUAUGAUUACUUUACCGAAUAUAGUACUAAAGAAAAGUGGCUGCAGAACUGUUCAGCGCCUUUUAUUGAAAACGCUAUAAAAGAUUACGUAACAUUACGGCAAUUCAAACGUCUAUGCAAAAAGUCUAAUCACUUUCUCACAUGUACAUCGUAUGUGGACGGUAAAAGAGAAAAACGAGGGGCUGUAUAUUUAACGAUGUUAAAAUCUCGCACUACAGAUAUAUUAAACAUUAUAGAGGACCAAAAUUCAAAACUGUUUAUAACUGAAAUGGGUAAGAAAAGAACAAAGUUCCUUAUGAAAACAUGCCAACAAAGGGUUUUGCAAAAUAUCGAAAUGUACCGUUGUACGAUCGACAUGUCGGCCGUAGCAAGAUAUAUGAACAAAAAUGAAAUAAAACCGUUUCUUCAGAAAAAUGCAAGCGAUUUGGCAUUCUCUCAGAAUCACAACAUUUUGUUCGACUUUAUUAGAAACAUGCCGGAAGAAGAAAGAGUAGACUUCAUUCAAAAAUCUUUUAUCAAUAGAACUGAAAUGUUGUUUGAUAAAAAUGAAAUGAGUUUCAUUGAUCCAAUUCGUGCUUAUCAAUGGUAUGAGUUUUUCCCUUUUGACAUUGCAUUUCCCAAAAUAAGUAACUUUAUACAAAAUGAAAGCUCGCCAUCUGAACGAUGUGCUAUGCUUUCAACUUUGAUAAGCAGUGCAAAAACCGACCCAAAAUACAUUACAUCGUUGCUAACGUUUGUAGCUCAAAAACACAUGAAUAUUCCUUUCAAAUUCAAGAUUGAAUUUGUAAAUAAUCUACUUACAAACGUGUCUACUCACGAGUUGGAUGAGGCAACUUGGAACCUUUUGGAUCAAAUAUUUCACAGUAUGGAUGUAUACACUGACACGGAGAACGAUGUACAACUGUGUCUGGAAUCUAUAAUUGUGCGUAAAGUUUUGAAUGAUGAAGCUGUGCCAGAAGUCGUCGAGCAAAAGUGUACUUUUAAUUCUUAUAAAAAUGUUAUCAAAACUUUAAAUGAAGAACAAAAAAGUAAAUUAUUUAAUUAUAUACUAAAUUGCAUGAUGGCGAAAACAAAACGCACAGGGUUUGCUGAUGAACCUGCUUUUAGUGAAACUUUACACGUGGUAGAGAAGAUGCUUAUAUUGUUAAAAGACUUUAAUAAAACACUCACUGAUUACCCAUUCAUCAUCGAAAAAAUCCAAGAACUAAUUAAAACAAAAGAAGAGAACGAAUGGACCACAGACAUGUCAUGCUUAUACAAUGUGAACAAAUCGUGGCGCAAGUACAUGUUUGAGGAGUCGCUGUCGCUCUCUCUGUGCGAGGAAACGUGCCUGAACGCUCUGAAGCACAAGCCACAGCUGCUGACGCGUCACGACAAACAAAUACACACGUUGCGGACUGACGACGCGGUCUCACUGCGGCGUGUGCUCGCGAAGCUGCGCGUCUACUGGCCGGACUCACUCGCCCCACACUGGACGGAAGCUUACAUGCAAAGCUUAAAUCAACCAACAGGACAUGCUGCUAUCAUCAAAGGUCUUUUCGUGCUUUUGCCCCAAAGCCAAGUCAUAGAGUUGGCAAGAAAAUAUGUCCCAGAAAACUUCAAAAUAAAUUGGGGUCCCACUGACCACACAGAAAUUAACAUUCGAAUAAAUAUCGCGAAACGUCUCCACCUUGCCAGGCCACUCAUUCCAUUGGACUGUAUACUGUGGUAUACUGAAGGUGACUACGCACAGUAUGCUACCCAAUCGCAUAUUGCUAUUUGGUUCACUCAGAGUGAAGUCGACUGCCGAGAGAAUUUGCCAAAACUUUACAAUGCGCCAUGUUUAUUAAAAUUCUUACUAAAUCAGGUAUUUUUGAAAUUAAAAACUAAUGAAGUCGUUGAUGUUUUUUGGAAUAUCUGGAAAUCUACUGAGAAUUCAGUAAUCAAGUCAAUUAUUUUUAAACGUACCAAGUAUGAAAUGCAGAAGGCUUAUGACAAUGAAACAGUUCAAAACGAGUUGUGGAAGUUACUAAACAAGUUUAUAGACGACUUAAGUAUCGAGGAUGGGAGUACAAAUCUUUAUAAAGAAUUAAUUGAUUUUGAUGUUCUUCCCUAUGAAAAACAACCAGAAUAUUACAUGAAAAUUGUCCGUUACCUAGCAUCGCUACCCGAUAGUCAGAAGUAUAUAGGUGAAGUCUUAUACUUCGCACCUCGACAAAUGGAAUCGUUAGAUGAAGACUUCGUUUUCAGUUUAUUACUUUCCCCUGUAGAAAACAUAUUUUAUUCUACAAAUAAUUCUGUUCUAGAUUGUUUUACUCAUUUCUUAUUAUAUGGUAAAAGCGACGAAAAUCAGCUUGAAAGAUUAAAAAAAGUGGAACCAGCAUUUGACAAAGCGUUUCAGAAUUGGUCUAAUGAAAAUUCAUGUAAAGAAAAUUUUAAAAGAUUUUUAAUGCUCGCUACGCUUCUAUUUAAUGAAGGAAAUUGGUAUGGUAAAACAAUGCUAAUACCGGACAAAUUGUAUGCAGAAAUAGGAUGUAAAAUGGAAAAUAAUUUGUCAGUGUUAGAAAACUAUAAAAUGCUUACCAGCUGGAAGCUUAUUACAGCUUAUAUCAAAAUAUACAAAUCAUAUAAGCAAUCUGAUCAAAAAGAAAACGCAGACUCCGAUCUAGAUCUUUCGCUUUUAUUUGGUCCAGUAAUAUUACAAUAUUUAAAGGAGGACACAGACAAGUAUGGUCCCAUGAUACACGAUAUGUUUGGGGCCGCUUUAAGCAAAAUGUUUAAAAGGUUAUUCUUACGUGAUAAUUUAAUAACGGAGAUCUUGAAAUACAUGUUGAGUGUCGAUGAUUUCGUUCCUGCAUAUUUAGUUGCAUCUAAGAUUAUGCCUAAAAAUUUACGUGAAGAAAUAAAACAAACUCAAUCAGAAAUAUAUCAGAAACUUAAAUCGAUUGAAUCGAUGUCAGUACAGGUACAAUUUAACAACGACUUUUGUAAUUACGUGAAAGAUUGACACACAGGUCCGCAAAGCUUGUUAAUCCAUUAUCAAUUGACGCAUGUACUUCUAUGAUAGAUUAUACAGGGUGUAUUUUUAAAAACGAGACGCAUUCAAGGAGGUGACUCGGCUACCGAUUCUGAGUCCAAAUCAAUAAAAAAAAUGGGAUUUUUUUUUUUAUUUUUUUGGUAAAAUUCGCAAAUCCGUAAGUGAGAACUACGCCUAUCACAUUUCGAACGUUAUGUAACUAGCUUAAAACGCGGCAUUACACGCACACAAACUCAAACACGUAUUUGACAUUAUUACCAAUUCCCUAAAAUUCCAAUAAGAAACGCGAACGCACCACAAGCUCCGCCCCCUAGCACCCUCACCCUGUGGCGCGCACGCACACGCAUUCAGUUUAUGUUUUGGCACUGCCGGUGGCAGUCGCUUGCGAAAUUUCUUAUGCAUGACCUUGAACUUCCGUCUUAUUAAUUAUCAAAGUUUAGUGUUUAUCAUGAUAACAGACACUUAGUCUAGGUAGUUUACUUUCCCGCCACCGGUAGAAAAAUUAUCCGUCGAGUUAUUCAAAUGUUCGUCUUAACCAGAAAAUACCUACACAGGCAUGACAAUUACGUAUGCUGACUAUUACCCAGUGACUGUAAGAAGUUUAGUGCUUGAAACACAUUCAAAAUAAGUGUCUUAGUGUUACAAUAGUCAAUCAGUGACGUAGUGCAUACCUAUGUUACUGUGCAUAGGUAGAUUACGAAGACGAACAAAAUCUCCGGACUCCGAGUGACACAGGUAGAUAUUUAUGUAAUUUAUUUACUUGUACAUUCCGUCCCUAAGGAUACCCACUGGCCCAUUACUAAGUUUGAAAUUGUUUAUUAGUUACACCAAUAGGAAACGCAUUUAGUAUGUACUUAUUACGAAUCAGCUGAUCAGCUGGUAACUAUCGUAGGUAUGUAUGCGGAAUAUCAAUGCAUAAAUAGGAAAGACAAAUCCGCCCCUAAGGCUACCCACUGACCGACAAUUUUAUAAUCCACCGAUUUAAAACACGAAUAAACAUUUGGACACUUACCUACUCGUACAAUGCGUAUUUUGAUAUUAACUUUCAAAUUACAUUAGUAGUUUUGGCUCUCUAAAUAUCAAUUUUUACAUAACUACUGAAUUCACAUAACUACGUCUCACCCAGACCCGAUACAACAAAUUGUGGAUUAGGUACUUAUACAGAGUUGUUCCAUGCUGGAAUCGAACCCGCGACUCGUUAUGGUAUCGGUUGUUGCCCGCCACUGCGCUAUUCUGAUUAAAUAGCUAGACCGCUAGCAGAAACUAGUUUAUUUUAGAUCGGAUUAAGAAUGCAUCAAUAGGAUCGAUGAAUUUAAAGAAAUUGUUCCAACACACAAAAUGAAACAAACAGCUGAGCGAUAUUCAGCAGGAUUGCAAUAAGACGUAAUAAGUAAAUCAUUACUUAACUAGUACCUACGAUGAAUCAGCUGAUAACUACCGCAGGAACAUACAUGAAAUGAUAAUAAGUAGGUAAGUAGUAUACUAAUUGUUAGAAAUUAGUUAGGCAAUAACAAACUAACAAUAAAGUAGGUGAUAAGUACGUAGUACGUACGUAGGUUAUGCGGAUGAAACCAUUUUUAGAUUUAAAACUUUGAACUGAAUGUAUCUAGGUAGACAGAAUACGUUAGUAAACUACUUAUCUAACAUCACGCCCGCAAACAGCUGAGCGCUUGGACUACCUACUUACCUAUGUGUGUUUAUUAUCCCGAUCUUACGAUUCUAAGUUUGAAAUUGGUUGUUUUACGUAUUCAGCAGGAUGCCAAUAAAAUUUAAUUAAUACAUCAUAAUUUAUUACCUAUUAUGAAUCAACUGAUAAAUACUGUACCUAUGGCGCAGAAUAAUAAGUAAACUUAUAGUCAGUUACUAAUUAAUGGUUAAUAGUAACGACUUAAUUCAAAUAGGAAACAAAAUUUUACAUCAUUCGAUUUAAAACACGAAUAAAACUUUGGGUUGAAUUUACCUACGUACAAUGUGUUUGUUGAUAUUAGUUAGUAGGUAGUGGUACCUAAGAUUAUGCUCGCAAACAGCUGAGCGUUUGGAUUAGAUCCCUACCUACCUUUUCGUAGCGAUGUGUUUUCAUAAUUCAGACCUUAAAUAACUAAGUUUUAAAUUAUUAGUAUCCAACAGGAUUGCAAUAAAACGUAAUAAGUAAAUCAUUAGGUACGUAGUGUUAUGAAUCAGCUGAUACCUACGUUUUCUUUGAAGAUACGAGUACUACUUUUUUAUUGAUUGUUUCUGCACUCUAAGAUUAUUGAAAAUGUGUUAACAAUCAAAUCAUUAAUAAAUGUUGGUGAUUAUUUUUCUUUUCGCUUUCUAACUGCCUACUCGCGCGGCGUCUCGCGUAGCCCCGCCCACUGACCUUCGACGCUGUCUUGUUACGCUGUGUGCGUGACAUGUUGGGCGAUUCUGAAAUAUUCAGAAUCGCCGGUGACGAAUAAUUCUGAAAGACGGCCAAUCUUAAAUAAUUUAUUAUAGCUGUGUUUUUAACUAUUGGCCAGAAACCUUAUUUUAAAUUGAACAUUUUUUACUUCCGUAACAUGCUCCCGAGUUCUGUCAUGGUUUCAAAUCUGCACCCUGUAUAUACGGGGAAGCUAGUAUACUCGUAUGGAAUCCAGAACACAACUUUUAAUGACAUAUUUAAGUUUAUUUGUAAUUAAUGUUUGUGCGCGUCUUUAUAAUUUAUUCUCUUUCUUUUGUAUUUUUUUUUUAUUUGUAUCCUACUCUAUUGGUAAGGCCUAGUUGUCGAUAAACACACUAUUUUAAUAUUUUUCGUUACGUACUGGCUUUUAUAAUGUAUGUAUAAUAUAAUUUAAUUAUAACACUACGAAUGAUAAUGUAUACCUAUACUUGUUUACAUUUGGUUUCUAUUGAUUUACAAAAGGUUUUCGACACAAUCUAUCCGCACCUACUAGUAGAUAAAUUAGAAAAAUGUGUAAAAGAAGAUACAUUUUAGGUCUCUCGUUAUUCCUUCGUUAUAUCUAUGAUUAAUUAUGUGAUCUAAAUGUAAUAUUAAUAUACCUAAUCUUAGUUUAAAGAAGUGUUACUUUAGAAAAAUAAAUAAUUGAAUAUUAUUA